AAUAUGUGCCUGCAGAAGUCACUCUAAGGAUGAAGUGCCUAUUUAGGGAACUCUAAUGGGGACAUAGUAAUUAUCCCUCACUCCACAUCUCACUCCAUCAAAAGAUUUUUCAUUUCCCUUCACUUUCCCGAGAAAACCAACUUCUUUAAUCCCUUAAAAGAAAAAAAAGAAAAAGAAAGAAAAAUUACGGAAUGGGGGAUCCGCUGGAGAGAUUAGGAUCGGAGACAGCCAUAGAGUCAAGCAUGAAGGAGGAUCUCUGUAUGGAGAUCGAUCCUCCUUUUAAAGAAAAUGCUGCUACGGCUGAGGACUGGCGUAAGGCCCUUAACAAGGUGGUCCCCGCCGUCGUCGUUUUGCGUACAACUGCUUGUCGCGCUUUCGAUACUGAGUCUGCUGGUGCUAGCUAUGCCACCGGUUUUGUUGUCGAUAAACGCCGCGGAAUAAUUCUUACUAAUCGCCACGUCGUCAAGCCUGGACCUGUAGUUGCUGAGGCAAUGUUUCUAAAUCGUGAAGAAAUUCCUAUCUAUCCUAUAUACCGAGAUCCUGUUCAUGAUUUUGGCUUCUUUUGUUAUGACCCUAGUGCAAUUCAGUUUCUGAAUUACGAGGAGAUUCCUCUAGCCCCUGAGGCUGCUUGUGUUGGGCUCGAGAUCAGGGUUGUUGGUAAUGAUAGUGGUGAGAAGGUUUCCAUCUUGGCUGGUACUCUUGCUCGUUUGGAUAGAGAUGCACCUCAUUACAAAAAAGAUGGGUAUAACGACUUCAACACAUUCUACAUGCAAGCUGCAUCUGGGACUAAGGGUGGGUCGAGUGGCUCCCCAGUGAUUGAUUGGCAAGGCAGAGCAGUAGCCUUGAAUGCUGGCAGCAAGUCCUCAAGUGCUUCUGCCUUUUUCUUACCUUUAGAACGAGUUGUUAGGGCACUUAGAUUUCUUCAGAAGGGAAGAGAUUCUUAUACAAAUAAAUGGGAAGCAGUUCGAAUACCUCGUGGUACGCUUCAGGUGACAUUUCUUCAUAAAGGAUUUGAUGAGACACGCCGACUUGGUCUACAAAGUGACACUGAGCAGUUGGUACGGCUUGCAUCUCCGCCUACAGAAACUGGAAUGCUUGUGGUUGACUCUGUGGUGCCAGGUGGCCCAGCUCAUACAAAGUUAGAACCAGGUGAUGUGCUUGUCCGUGUGAAUGGAGAAGUAACUACACAAUUUCUGAAACUGGAGAGUUUACUUGAUGACAGUGUUGACCAGAAGAUUGAGUUGCAGAUUGAAAGGGGUGGCACGUCCCUGACUGUUAACUUAGUGGUUCAGGAUUUACACUCAAUAACUCCUGACUAUUUCUUAGAAGUAAGCGGUGCAGUGAUACACCCUCUGUCUUACCAACAGGCUAGAAAUUUCCGUUUCCAGUGCGGUCUGGUGUACGUGUCAGAACCUGGAUAUAUGCUAUUUAGAGCUGGAGUUCCUCGCCAUGCAAUCAUCAAGAAGUUUGCUGGUGAAGAGAUAUCACGUGUUGAUGAACUAAUCUCUGUUAUAUCUAAGUUGUCGAGGGGUGCUAGGGUUCCAUUGGAAUAUUUAAGCUACAUGGAUCGUCAUCGAAGGAAGUCUGUCCUGGUUACGGUUGAUCGCCAUGAAUGGUAUGCCCCUCCACAGAUAUACACUCGUGAUGACAGCUCUGGUUUAUGGACAGCAAAACCUGCUAUUCAACCUGAAUUUCUGCUGCAAUCAACUCAGAUUAAUGAAAUUGGACAAGGCUUAACUAGCCAAACUGUUUCAUUGAGUGGGGAGGCAACUCAUACAGAACAUGUAAAUCAAGGCGACCAACCCGAAUUGACUGAUGGUGUUAUCAGUAUGGAAACCAGUUAUGAACAAUCUUCUGGGGAGCCAAAUUUUCAGGAUGAAUCUGAUGUUGGAACAAAGAAACGAAGGGUAUCAGAUUUGGCUUCCAAUGAUAUUGCUGUUUCUGACCGUUCCUUGCUGCAUGAAAGUGGAGGAGUAAAGUUGGAGGAUCGAAGUUCUGUGGAAAAUGAUGUUUUUAGAGAUUAUCAAGGUGCAACAGCAGCAACAGCUAAUGCUUCAUUUGCAGAAAGUGUGAUAGAGCCCACUCUUGUAAUGUUUGAGGUUCAUGUUCCACCAACAAUUAUGCUUGAUGGCGUCCAUUCGCAGCAUUUUUUUGGGACUGGUGUUAUUGUUUAUCAUUCUCAAGAUAUGGGAUUGGUUGCGGUAGAUAGGAAUACAGUUGCAAUUUCUGCAUCAGAUGUUAUGCUGUCCUUUGCUGCUUUUCCUAUUGAAAUUCCUGGCGAGGUGAUAUUUCUUCAUCCUGUUCACAAUUAUGCUCUUGUUGCUUAUAACCCCUUGGCCCUUGGAGCUGUUGGUGCCUCAAUGGUUCGUGCUGCUGAAUUGCUUCCUGAGCCGGCAUUACGUCGUGGGGAUUCAGUCUAUCUUGUUGGCUUAAGUAGAAGCCUGCAAGCAACAUCUAGGAAAUCCAUAGUAACCAACCCAUGUGCUGCUUUGAAUAUUGGCUCAGCUGAUUGUCCACGUUAUAGAGCAACAAAUAUGGAAGUCAUUGAACUUGAUACUGAUUUUGGUAGUACAUUUUCGGGUGUGCUUACCGAUGAGCAUGGACGAGUCCAAGCUAUAUGGGGAAGCUUUUCAACUCAGUUGAAAUAUGGUUGCAAUACCUCAGAAGAUCAUCAAUUCGUGAGAGGCAUCCCUAUUUACUCGAUCAGCCAAAUUCUUGAGAAAAUUAUACAUGGUGCAAAUGGGCCACCUCUUCUCAUUAAUGGUGUCAGAAAGCCAAUGCCACUUGUCAGGACUUUGGAGGUUGAGCUUUACCCUACUCUACUUUCAAAGGCACGAAGCUUUGGUUUGAGUGAUCACUGGGUCCAAGCUCUUGUCAAGAAAGAUCCAGUUAGACGACAAGUUUUACGUGUUAAAGUUUGUUUGGCUGGAUCAAAAGCUGAAAAUCUGUUAGAACAAGGGGACAUGGUUUUGGCAGUCAACAAAGAGCCAGUCACUUGCUUCCAUGACAUAGAAUGUGCUUGCCAGGCUUUAGACAAGAGUGGUGAAAAUGAUGGGAAACUCAACAUGACAAUCUUUCGACAGGGACGUGAGAUUGAUCUUCUUGUGGGAACAGAUGUUAGAGAAGGGAAUGGUACAACGCGUGUAAUAAAUUGGUGUGGUUGCAUUGUGCAAGAUCCUCAUCCGGCAGUGCGUGCUCUUGGAUUUCUUCCUGAAGAAGGUCAUGGCGUGUAUGUGGCUAGGUGGUGUCAUGGAAGUCCUGUACACAGAUAUGGCUUGUACGCUCUUCAAUGGAUAGUUGAAAUUAAUGGGAAGCCAGUGCCUGAUUUAGACGCCUUCAUUAAUGUGACAAAGGAAUUAGGGCAUGGGGAAUUUGUGCGCGUAAGGACUGUCCACCUAAAUGGGAAACCUCGAGUAUUGACAUUGAAGCAGGAUCUGCAUUAUUGGCCUACAUGGGAGCUGAGAUUUGAUCCCGGCACUGCAAUGUGGAGUAGAGAAACAAUCAAAGCAUUAGACUGCAAUUCUAUCUGAAUAAAGGAUUUUGGUCAACUUGCACAGUAUUACUGUAGGAAGAACAAGCAGAGUUGAACAGGUAUGCCAAGUUACAUGAGUUGGGUUUAGCUAGAUGUUCAACUUGGUGUCAGGUUUAUAGUUUCACUGUAUUUUACUAAUUGUUGUAUCAAAAUUGUCACAGUAAAAUAAAUAAACUACAUACUGACGAAUAAUUCAGCAACAGGGAAAAAAGAAAUUGAAAAUUUUCAUUUAUUUA